AUGUCUAAUAAUGAAUAAGCUAAAAGAAGAAGAUCCAAAAGAGGAGAAAUAAAAGGAGAUUUCAAAUGUACAUCUGAUGGAUGUGGAAAAGAAUACUUGAGUUAUCCAGCUUUAUAUACUCAUAUCAAGUCAAAACAUGGGGCUGGAUAUUUAAAAAAUAUGUUAAGGCCAAAAGCAGUCGGCAGUAGAGGAAGACCAAGAAGAGAUGAAGUAUGCUUUUAUAUAAUCUAGUUGAAGCAAAAUAAUUUCAAAGUAUGUUUUAAUUUUUAUUUAGUGAUGGUUUGAAAAAUAAAAUUCAUUUCGUAUUUAAAUUUAUUGAAUCUAAAAAGGGUAAUAAAAUUGAAAAUGAUUCUU